CUUUGAUAAUUUUUUCAGAUAUAAUACUAAUGUCAACAGACAGCAUUUGUUUUAAAUAAAAGGAAAUCAAGAUGAUGAAAGGAGGCGCAAUGGCGAAGAAAGAAGCAAAAAUGCGGAUUCGAGCGUUUCCUAUGACGAUGGAUGAAAAGUAUGUCGAAAACAUUUGGAAUCUACUGAAAGCUGCAAUUCAGGAAAUCCAGCGGAAGAACAACUCCGGACUAAGUUUCGAGGAGUUGUACAGGAAUGCGUACACAAUGGUACUGCACAAGCAUGGAGAGAGGCUUUACUCAGGGCUCAGGGAGGUCGUGACUAAUCAUUUAGAGAGCAAGAUUCGUAACGAUGUUCUCUCCGCCUUAAACAACAACUUCCUGCAGACGUUGAACGCGGCGUGGAACGAUCAUCAGACGAGUAUGGUGAUGAUACGUGAUAUCCUGAUGUACAUGGAUCGUGUAUACGUUCAGCAGAAUAAUUGUGAGAACGUUUACAACCUUGGUCUAGUUAUAUUCAGGGACAAAGUUGUCAGGUAUGGAUGUAUUGGAAACCAUCUUCGUGUCACCUUAUUGGAUAUGAUAAUAAAGGAGAGAAGAGGGGAGAUUAUUGACAGGUUGGCGAUAAAGAACGCUUGUCAGAUGCUCAUGAUGCUCGGGAUAGACACCAGAAAUGUUUACGAAGAAGACUUUGAGAGUCAUUUCUUGAAGCAGAGCGCUGAGUUCUAUAUGAUAGAAAGCCAGAAGUUCCUGGAGGAGAACAGUGCUAGUUCAUAUAUUCACAAGGUUGAGGCUAGAAUAAACGAGGAAGGGGAGAGAGCCACACAUUAUCUUGAUGAAACCACAGAACCAAGAAUUGUUGAGGUUGUAGAAGAACAGUUGAUAAGACGUCACAUGAAAACUAUUGUUGAGAUGGAUGGUAGUGGGGUAGUUCAUAUGCUCAAAAAUAACAGAAUGGGAGACCUGGCUUGCAUGUUUAAACUGUUUGGUCGAGUUACUGACGGACAUAAAACUAUUGGAGAAGCGGUUUCAAAGUUUUUACGAGAGGAAGGUAAAGCCCUGGUAACCAGUGCUACAGAUGAGCAGAGUCAACAAACUAACGCCGUUACAUACAUUCAGAAUCUACUGGAACUAAAAGACAGGUUUGAUGAUUUCCUCACUCAAUCCUUCUCCAUGGACAAAUAUUUCAAACAGGUGAUAUCUGGUGAUUUUGAAUAUUUUCUCAAUCUUAACACAAGAAGUCCGGAGUUUCUAUCCUUGUUUAUUGAUGACAAGCUAAAGAAGGGAGUGAAGGGAUUGAGUGAUGUUGAGGUUGAGUUGGUUCUCGACAAAUCCAUGAUCCUUUUCAGAUUCUUGCAGGAAAAGGAUGCAUUUGAGGAAUAUUAUAAGAGACAUCUAGCGCGUAGACUUCUCAACCAGAAAUCUGCAUCAGAUGAUUCUGAGAAAAUGAUGAUAUCUAAACUGAAGAGUGAGUGUGGAUGUCAGUUUACUAGUAAACUUGAAGGAAUGUUUAAGGAUAUGACUGUAUCUAAUACUCUUAACGAGGAGUUCAAGACACAUCUAGCAAACACAGAAAAGAGUCUGAACGGAGUAGAUCUGAGUGUCCGAGUGUUAACUACAGGUUUCUGGCCUGGACAGAAUGCUCCUCCUCCCAUCAACCUUACUAGGAUACCAGCUCAGGCGUUUGGUGUGUUUAAGAACUUCUACUUGGCUAAACAUAGUGGUAGGAUCCUAACUCUCCAGCCUAGUGCUGGAACUGCAGACCUAAACUCUUUAUUCUACUCUGGGAAGAAGGGAGGAGAGGAUGAUGAGGUCACAGACCAGGAUACACAGAGGAACGUGAAGAAACAUAUCCUCUGUGUCAACACCUACCAGAUGGUGAUCCUUCUCAUGUUUAACACUAGGGAGAGGUUGUCCUACGAGGAGAUUAAGGCGGAAACCUUGAUCCCUGACCGUGAAUUGACCCGAGCCCUGCAGCCACUUUCAGUUGGUAAACCAAGUCAGAGGAUCCUUGUCAAGUCUCCCAAAACUAAAGAGAUCGAACCCACACACACCUUCUCAGUCAACGAGUCCUUCACAUCACCAUUCCAUAGGUAGAAAUAUAGUUUAGAUUCUUUAUCUC